AUGGAGUCCGUUCACCAUGUAACGACCUCGUCGAAGGUCCUCUUCACCAGGGUGCGCAAGAUGGUGCCCCCCAUGCUCGAAAAGUUCCACAAAGGUCAAUUGGGACGUAUAGCAGUCAUUGGAGGAUGUGCUGACUACACCGGAGCCCCAUACUUCUCGGCCGCUGCUUCAGCCAAAUUAGGAUGUGAUAUGAGCCAUGUCGUCUGUGAACGUUCAGCGGCCCCAGUUGUCAAGAGUUACUCUCCAAACCUAAUGGUGCAUCCGCUAUUGCCGAGCACGGAAUCUGUUAAAGACCCCAACUCGAUUGAUGCCUCCGCUCUCGCGGGCCCCAUCAUCGGCAUGCUUUCUCGUCUUCAUGCACUUGUGAUCGGACCAGGACUUGGUCGCGACGGGGUCACGCUCAAGGUAGUGGCCGAAGUGAUCAAAGAAGCACGCUCACGAUCUAUCCCAUUUGUGCUGGAUGCCGACGGACUUAUGAUUGUGACAGAAGACCCCAACCUCAUCAAAGGUUACAAGGAGUGCAUUCUGACCCCAAACGUCGUCGAGUUCGGGCGUCUCGCCAAGGCCUUGGGUGUCAAAGUGGCCAGUCAGGCGGAAAUCACCCAAGAAGGAAACGGCGACAAGACCAGCAAGGAAUCAGCUGCUUGCGAAGAGCUGUCCAAAGCCCUCGGGGGCGUGACAAUCCUUCAAAAAGGACCUCACGACGUGAUCUCUAACGGAGUCACGAGCAUCGUAUCCGAUAUCAAGGGAGGACUGAAGCGCAGCGGCGGUCAGGGAGAUACCCUGACGGGCUCGCUAGGCACCCUGCUCGCCUGGCGAAUGGCUUACCACGACAAGCUGUGGGACUCGGGUGAGCAAGAUAAUGCGAAGGAGGCCCAGACCAGGGAUGAAGUUCAGGCUGAGCUCGAGUCCGACAAGCGGAUGUCCUCGACGACGACGCUGCUUCUUGCUGCAUGGGCUGGAAGCAGUCUUACUAGAGAGUGCUCGCGGAAGGCCUUUGAGACCAAAGGGCGCAGCCUGCAGGCUAGUGACCUGACCGAUGAGGUGCACGGGGCUUUCCUGAGGCUGAUUGGAGAGCCGGAAUCGAAGACGCAUCUCUAG